AUGUCUCAAUUCCGUUCUGAAGCACAAACACACAUUCCGAAUUAUGAUCCUAAAAAGCAGUACAUGAUGGAUGUCCUCUACAACAAAGCCUUUAUUGUUUACAUGCUCAAGGGAGAUUCAGUUGUUGAAAAAUGGUCGAGAGAAAUCAAAGUAGAUUUUCCAUUCAAGAAUCAAUUAUUAUCUGUUUAUGAAGUCAUUUCGGAUAAUUUUAAUCCAGAUAACUUGGGUGCAAGAGUCUAUUUAGAUGAUCACAAAUAUCAUUAUAUUUACAGAGGAAAUUGUGAAGUGGAUAGGAGUGAGAGGCUGCUUGAAUAUCAUGUUGAAAGAUCGACAGACUUGGAAAGAAUGUGGGUGAAGAGAACAUGUUUGAAGAGUUGGUGUAAAUUACUUUAUUCUCAUUGUUGGGAGUUUGAUGAAAGAGUUGAUUUGUAUCAUGUUUUUGAACAGAAAUUCUAUUAUGAUGUUGAUAUUUCUUAUGAAAAGAAGAAAUUACACGGUCAUCAAGGUUUCAAAUAUAGUAUUGGAGAAUUUGUCAACCUUGUCGAAGAUAUUCCAAAUACAAAUAUUGUUGACCAAGUCAAAACUGUACUUGCAAGAAUACCUUUACCAGUUUCGAAUCAAUCUGCUUCUUCAUCAAAUACUACAGUAGUGAAAACUGUGGUUGCUAAUUUGAGUUCCACUACAGCCCCAAAGCCUAUUGGAAAGGAGAAGAAACGCACUACAAAACCACAUGUAAAAGAUACGAAAGAGACAGCAUGGGCAGCUGAUAAGGAGAUUCAACAACCAGAUCAAUCAACUACUAAUUUUACAGAACUGGACUUGGUUGCCGCAUUGGAAAAUAAUACUUUCAAAUGUAAAGAAAUAAUUCCUCAUAUUUGUAACGACGAUGAUUUGAUGAUUCGCUUGAUUUCAACCAUUACCAUGGAGGAUCCUGUAACUGUGAAUGGGAUUGUACUGAAACACAGGGAGAAAUCAGCCCCACCCUCCGAGAAUGCAGCCACUCUCCUUGUUGCUAAAGCAAUUCUGAAAGGAGAUAUUGAUAUAAUUAAGGUAUUCUUUAAGCUGUUUGAUUCUGGUAAUUUUGAUUUGUGUAAACAGCUUAUUACUUGUCUUGGAAGAUUCGAAGCAUUUAAAAGUACCCUUUGCUUAGAGAAACAAAAGAUUUCAAUCGAGGAUCAAUACAAUCACAUCAAUAAGAUAUUCACCGAUUGUAUUAGGUCAGUAUUAGCAUGCGAAGACAAAAUGGUGGAUGACGAAAAUUCCAGAGUUAGGAAAUUCAGAGAAUUAUUCAAGCUUUCAGAUGUUCAAUCCAUCAUUAAUGAUAGAAAUGAUCGUGCCCAUUCGUAUAUUAAGCAAGAAAGGAUACCAAGAGCUCUCAAGGAUAGAAUUCAAUGUUUAGAGGAAGCAAAAUCAGCUCAUAAGAAACUAUGCAAGAAGAAAUCCAAUGAAAAAACUCAACUCAUUGAUUCAUUGAUCCAAAACGCAAUCAAAGAACUAAGCUUAUUAGAAGUCAAAUUCAAUCACAUUUAUAAUUUCAAGACCUCCAUUGAAUAA